AGUCUCUGAUAAUCAUCUCCAGCCUACUGUAUCUCGCGUCUGAAUUCCCGCAAGACAGCACUCCAGCCAUUCUAGGAUUCUCCCGUCCAGAUUCGAGAAGACUCUUCACUCCAGCGGCGGAAUAACUGCCACUCCAGUCUCUAGCGGCGCGGAAGAACUCUUCUUCAGCUUCCAGAAUUUGAGAUAUCGAGGUAUAGACACAAUAACACAUAUACAAGGCUCUACGAAUCCAGAAAAUGCUGAGGAGGCGAUUAUCUUCACUUAUACCAACAACAAUACUUACUGCCCAGAAUCACCACCUCCAACAAAUGUCAAAGUUUAUCCAUUUCUCGCCUCUACAUCUCACUUCACAACCGUUCCUGCAAUGCUGGCCUGCUAUCUCAAUGCCCGGCUGUGAAAUUGGGGGUAUACGGGCCUACAGCAGCCUAUUGGCGCUGAAUGAUCUGAGGGAUAACCCAGGGGCCCGCAAGCAGAAGACACGGAAGGGGCGCGGUAUUGGUUCGGGAAAGGGGAAGACAGCAGGACGGGGUCAUAAGGGUCAGAAAGCUCGUGGUACUAUGAAGUUUGGAUUUGAAGGUGGGCAAACUCCACUUCGUCGCCGCCUCCCCAAACGGGGCUUUAAAAAUCCAUUCAGCCUUACAUUUCAGCCUGUUGGCUUAGGAAAAAUUGCAAAGCUGAUAAAUGCUGGGAAGAUAGAUUCCUCAGAGCUAAUCACAAUGAAAACCCUAAAGGAUACUGGGGCAAUAGGGAAGCAAAUUGAAGAUGGAGUUAGAUUGAUGGGACGUGGUGCAGAGCAUAUUCAAUGGCCCAUCCAUCUUGAGGUCUCUAGGGUCACAGUGAGGGCAAAAGCUGCGGUGGAAGCCGCUGGUGGGUCUGUAAGGAGAGUCUAUUACAACAAAUUGGGUUUGCGGGCCCUGCUCAAGCCCGAAUGGUUUGAAAAGAAGGGGCGAUUACUCCCGAAAGCAGCAAGGCCUCCACCAAAACUGAAACAUAAAGUAGACAGUAUAGGCCGAUUGCCCGCUCCAACAAAGCCGAUACCGUUUACAACCGAAGAAAAAGAGGCAAUGUCUGCCGCUGCCGCUUGUUGAACACGCAAUUCAUUUGGGUAUAUUUUUGUUUUGCCUAAUUUUGCUCGCGGAGAGAAGAACAAGAAUCGUGGUUUUCUCUUUAGCUUGUUUUAAAAGAUUUAGUGUUUUUGAUAUAUAUAUAAUAUAUUUAAGGAUGGCGUGGUUUAGAGCCUCUCAGGAUAGGCUUUAAAAAGCAAGUGCUAGUCGAGAGACAAUGAGCCGUUUAAAGUUUGCAUGAAUGAUAAUGUAAAAAUUAUGCAUUAUUGUACACUACUUUUGCUUAGCUAAACUGUUAAGUA